UCUUUCUUGUCUCAAAAAUUGCAUACACAACACCACAAAUACUCUUAAUAAGCUCUUCUUCUCUUGUGAUAAAAAAAAAACACCUUCGUCGCAAGUUUUUCUAUCUUUGUUGAUUUUAGUUCUUAAGAAUCUGAGUUAUUUGUUAUAGUAAAAUGGAGAGAGCAAGGUCAUUUUUACAGUCUCCAACUUAUGAUAAUGUCAUCACUGUCCUUAGCAUCGAUGGUGGUGGGAUAAGGGGUAUUAUUCCCGGCACCAUUCUCAGCUGUCUAGAAUCCGAGCUUCAGAGACUAGAUGGUGAGGAAGUAAGGAUUGCAGACUACUUUGAUGUGAUCGCUGGAACAAGUACUGGUGGACUCGUUACAGCCAUGCUUACUGCCCCGAAUGAAAACGGUCGACCCUUAUUUGCUGCCAAGGAUAUCAACGAUUUCUACCUCAAACACUGUCCUAAGAUUUUUCCUCAAGAUAGUAGUAUUCCAAUAUUUGGGGGUGCGGCGGAGACAAUUAGAUCUCUAGUUGGUCCAAAAUAUGAUGGUAAGUAUUUUCGCAGCCUACUCAAGGAGACAUUAGGAGAGCUACGGUUGAGUCAGACAUUGACCAACGUUGUUAUCCCCACCUUUGACAUCAAACGCCUCCAACCCACUAUCUUCUCUUCCUACGAGGUGAGAAAGAAUUCAAGCCUAGAUGCCCUACUCUCUGAUAUAUGCACCGGGACUUCGGCAGCCCCAACCUAUCUUCCGGCCCAUACUUUCGAAACCAAAGAUUCCAACGGCCAAGCGAUCAGAGAGUUUAACCUCAUCGAUGGUGCUAUGGCGGCUAACAAUCCGACUUUGGUGGCUAUGAACGAAGUGUCAAAGGACAUCAACUCAGGGAGUAGUUUCUCUGUGACCAAGCGUACGUAUGGGCGAUGCUUGAUCGUGUCGUUAGGAACGGGUACGCCAAAAGCUGAUGACAAGUACAACGCAGUCGAAGCAGCCAAGUGGGGUGUUCUGGGGUGGUUGAGCAGCCACCAUUCCACUCCUUUGGUCGAUAUUUUCACCCAAGCAAGCAGUGACUUGGUCGAUUUUUACCUCUCCACACUAUUACAGGCUCUAGACUCUGAGACUCACUAUCUUCGUAUCCAGGAUGAUACAUUGGCCGAAAAGGUAUCUUCUGUAGACAUUGCCACCGAUGAAAACCUUAACGAGCUUGUGAAAGUUGGAGAGGCUUUGUUGAAGAAACCUGUUACGAGAGUUAAUUUGGAGACAGGUUUACAAGAACCUUGUCAUGAUGAUGUUACAAAUGAAGUGGCUAUCAAAAGGGUUGCGGAAAUACUUUCCCGGGAAAGAAAGACUCGUGGUGAGGAUAGAAAGGCAAUCUAAAAACUUGAGGGAUAGGCUGAUCCAAUUAUUUUGUUAAUAUAUUAGUUACUACAAAAACAAUUCACAUAUAGUAUGUUGUGUUCUGAUUGAUUACCACUAUUUAUUUAUUUGUAAUAAUUUUAUAUAUGAUUUAACACUUCAUGAUUAAUUUCAUGUGGUAUAUUUGCUUGUAUUAUUUUAUCGUGUGUACCAUGGAUAUUUAAUUUUUCAAUAAGAAAAUAAACCGAAUUGUGACUAAUAAUUUCAACUCCUAGCUAUCAAAGAUAUGUUUAUAUAUAAA